GUACGGUCACAUAGGCCCAGCACCCAAAAGAGAGGGACAAAAAACAGAACAGAGACAGAAACAGCGCAGCAACCAAAAUAAUAACAAUUAAUAAUACUUAGUGUCCGCUAAAGAUAUAACACAAAUAAAGUCAGACACUUGCUAGCCUGGUUUUUCGCUAGUAAUAGUUUUUUCCUAUUGUUUGGCAGCAGUCUCUCUUGGUUAUUUUCUAUUUUUUUUCUGUUGCGACGCAUAAAUCGUCUCUUAAUCGAUAAAUAAGUUAACGACAGAGUACAAAAACAAGGCGAACGAUUUGCAGACUUAAUGUCGCAGUUUCUUUUUGUGUAGCAACAACAACAACAAAAUUAGUAGUAGGCAACAACAACAAAAUCAUAAACGAAAAACGACGAAAAAGAAAUUAAAAUAAAACGUACAACGCAGCGCAAUCGUGUCUGUAUUGGUGGUGUGCGUGUGUGUGUGCGAGUGCGAGUGAGCCAGCGAUAGGGCUCUGCGUCGACGGCGGCAGCGGCAGAAGAAAUAAAAAAAGUUCAGUUUUUUUCAAACAACUCGAGCUCAGCAGUUGAGAAUUGGCUGUGCGUCUCGAAAAAGCUAAAAUUUAUAAAUUCGAAGUAGCCCUAAGUUAAGCAACAACACUUGAAGGGCGUGGCAAAACCAAAUAAGAAGGGGGCGAAAAGAGAGAAAAAGCAAGACGCAGUUGGAAAUUUUGUUGCUGCUGCUGCCGCCUGCAACAAACGAAGAUAAUAAUAAAGAGGAGCUCGUAAAACAACAACAAUCGAAAAGCACACACCAAAAAGGAAAUCAACAACAACAAAUUCUAAAGCAAGAGAGAGAAAAGAGAGCGAGCAGCUGAAAACAUAUGAUUUUUGUUUGUGUUGUUGUUUUUGCGCGCGCUCUGCGGAACGUGUGAGAAAAUUGGAACGAGCGAAACGAGUGGCAUUGUUGUUGUGUUUCAGCUGCUGCUGAUUCAACCAACGAACAGCCACAACAACGCAAGUGUUGACAACAAAAGAGCCAACGACAGAGAGAAGGAGAGAGCGAGAGCAAAAGCGCAGGGUAAAGCAACACCCGAUCAGACGCAGUGUCUCCAGGAGAAGCGAUAAAAGGGAAUAGCAUAAAAGAGAGCAACAAGCGGUGACUGCCACCCGCCACCCACUGCCACCCACAACCACCCACAACCGCCCGCUGCCGACUGCCCUCCAGUGUGGAGGCACUGCAUCCUUGUCAGCAGCUGUGGUAGCAGCUAGAAGAGGAGCGAUUCCGGCGGCCAGUAGUUACCACCGGCUAAUCCCAGCAUCCGCAUUAUGUCCGCGGACUCGCCACGCCGCCAUCCCUCCGGCGUGGUCGGUUCCGGCAUUGGAUCGGGCUCCGGAUCCGGUUUGAGCUCCGGCUCUGGCAGCAGCAAAUCGGGCACCACAGUUCCCGCUAUUGUGCCACCGCAAGCAGUGUCGGAUCGCUCGAUCCUUGACUCGGCCAUCGGUUUCAUUAACGAUGUGACCUUGACCAACCAGCCGGUACAGGAUCCCAAGGACACCAUCACCUGGGCCCGUUUCGAAACGGGUGCGGAUGUGAGCGAUCCGCGUUUCGGCGACGACUGGGAACUGGAGGGGAAUGCAGCUCCGCCACUGCUCCUAAUACUCGGCUACGGUCUCGGCGUCCAGGUGUGGGCCAUCCCAGCCAACGGCGAGGCGGUUGAGGUGCUAUCAUGGCGCCACGGCGUCGUCACUGCCCUCCGUGUGCUGCCCACGCCGUCCACGGCAACCGCUCUGGACGAGAAUGGCCGGGCGGAUGAACCGGUCGAUGCCUUUGCCGAGAAACGUCCCCUGGUGGCGCUCGUCGAUGGAGGCAGUGCAGCGGCCAGUGGUCUACUGGCUGGCAGCUCGGGAUUGGGUGGCGGCGGAGGCGUUACAAUAGUUGGCGGCUCGGGGGGUGGAGUUGGCGGUAUCGGCGUAUCGGCCGCUGCCCAAUUCAGUGCCGUGAAUUUUUUGUCCCUCAAAACGGGCGUCCAGGUCAAGACGAUCAAGUUCAAGAACGCCGUGCUGGACAUCCAGGCCAAUCGAUCGGCGGUGGUCAUCACGUUCCACGAACGGAUUGCCGUAUUCGAUGCCAGGACGCUGGAGGACCGCCUCACAAUCACCACCUGCUAUCCCAGUCCGGGUAUCAAUCCCAAUCCCAUUGCUCUGGGACCGCGCUGGCUGGCUUAUGCGGAGCACAAGCUGCUGCACUCUAAGCGCAGCGGCGGCGGAUGCGAUGGCGAGGGUGUUCCCAGUUACACGGCCACCGUGCUCAAUGCGGCCAAAUCCUUGGGAAAGGGACUGCGGGAGCUGGGCGAGCAGAUGGCAGCCGGACUUACGGGCACCACCGCCGGCAGCGGUGCCAGCUCCAAGAGCAGCAGCUUCGACUCGGCCACUGGUGGACCGGAUGCUAAGCAGUCGGGUGUGGUUACCAUUAUCGAUGUGAAGCAUCCGGUGAAGGACUACAGCCCCACCACGGGUACUCCGUUGAGCUCAACAGGCGGCUCACAAGGCGGUGGCGAUCCAAUCGUGGCUCAUUUCGUGGCCCACAGCGAGGCCCUGGUGGCCAUGGAGUUUGACAGCUCAGGCAUGCUGCUCCUAACCGCCGAUAAGCGCGGCCACGACUUCCACGUGUUCCGGGUGCAACCGCAUCCGGUGGGUCCCAGUCUAGCCGCCGUGCAUCACCUUUAUGUGCUGCAUCGCGGCGAUACUACCGCGAAGGUGCAGCACAUCGCCUUCUCGCUGGACUCGCGCUGGGCAGCAGUGUCCACGCUGCGCGGCACCACCCACGUCUUCCCCAUUACGCCCUACGGCGGCGCCAUGGGCGUUCGCACGCACACCUCGCUGCACGUGGUCAACAAGCUGUCCCGCUUCCACCGGAGCGCCGGCCUCGGAGCUGAUGGCCGCUCCAGUUCGCCGAUCUCGCACUCCGAGAGCACGACGUUUGUGCAGUCGCUGCAGCCGUAUCACAAUCCCACGUUGCCACCGUAUCCGCGGCCGUCGGUGGUGCAGCCGUUGGCCCAGCUGCGCCAACCCUUUACACUAGGAUCACCGCCAGGAUCGGCGGGGUUGGGUGUGGGCGGCGGAGUGGUUGGAGGCGGAGGCAUGGGCACAGGAGUCAGUCAUGGAGGUGUCGGUGGUCAUGGAGGAGUCGGCGUAGGCAGUGGCGGCCAACGGCAACGUCAACGCCUCUCCUCACUGUCGGACGACACUGGCAAGCCGCUGAGCGUCUGCUCCAUCUUCGCGAAGUCGCGCUCCUGGCUGCUGGAGCCACCAAUGGCGACACGGGAGCAACCGCAUCGCGUCCAGCGGAAGGCGGUGGACUCGCUCUUCGUCAUGGCCGGCCACGGGGCUCUUAUCCAGUAUGACCUGGACACGAAGCUUGCCUCACAUGUUGCCAAAGAGAAGAUUUGUGAUGACACGCCCAUCGAGCUGGAGGCGGAUCCCCGCGCCCAGUGGAAUCUGGGUCGGCGCAAGGAUGGAUCUCAAGAAAUCAUACCACCGCUGUCGCUGGACAACUGGCUGAUCAAGGAUCGCCAUGCCAGCCUGCUGCUGGACAGCGCCCAUCAAUUCGACGAACCGGACGAGCGGGCCGAGAGCUGGCUGGCCCAGGUGGAGAUCAUUACGCACGCUGGUCCCCACCGCCGGUUGUGGAUGGGUCCGCAGUUCGUCUUCAAGAACUACAACACGCCCAGCGGUUCCAAUCUGAAUCACGUCGAUGCAGAGGCGGUGGAGAUAGGCGUAACCAAGGCACCGACAACCGCGCUGCCCUCGACGGCAGCUGCUUCCUCGGGACUGAGUUCGGUGACAAGCAAGGAUCGCUCCAGUCCGCUGAAUAUGCCUCUGAAUGCAACCACUACGGUGGGAGGAGGUGGAAUCGGGAGCUCUGCGGUCACGGGACGCAGCGGUGCCGGUGUACCGGUUCUAAUCGAAUCGGGAUCUUACAGCAGCAUUGAGCAGAGUCCCAAGUUGAUGGAUCGCUUCCGACAUGGUCACUUGGAUUCGGAUUAUGGGCAUGGCGAUAUACGUCUAAAAGAGGAUUUGGCGGAUGCCAUGCGUGAGUCCCCAUCCACGGCAGCGGCGCGACGUGAGACUACGGCAGCUCCAGAUCAGACUGCACCGCCGUGUGGCGAUCAUCUGGCUACCGCUUCCUCGCCAGCUUCUGCGGAUCUCUUGGCCGCCGGAGGAGGCAGUUUGUCCUCGAAUUGUGAUAAUGCUUGCUACUACGAUGCCCUCGCCGAGCACGAGAGUCUCAAUGAUCUGGACGAGGUGGAGGAGCGUCAUCAGCCGGAUACGGAGACGCAUUUGCACUCGAUGGAUUCCAUUUCGGCCCUGGCCUCCGUCCUGCCCAACAUUUGCAGCUAUUCUCGCGUAGAGAAAAUGGUCAAUCCAUUGGGCACUGUUACGGAUCUAAAUGCCGGCAUCUCCGGUGAACUGCAGACGGAUAUGUUGGACGAGGUGGUGUGCCAACUGGCCGCCGAGGAGUCGGUGAUCCAUGAGAAUUGCGAUGAGGCCCUCUUCCGGCCAGUGGUGGCCAUCUUCUGUAGUGAUCCGGCUGAAAGACAAAGGCUUCUACAGAAGGAUCACAAGAUGGAGGAAGCCAUGCCAUCGGAGCUGGAGCAGGCCAGUUGCCAACCGCCUGUGGUGCUUGUCAAUAAGUUGAUUGUACCAGUGAUUGCCAAGGAGGUGGACGAGGUGCUCGUCCAGAAGGAGAAGCAAAAGUCCCAAAAGCAAUCGCACAAGGCGCAACAGCAGCAGCAGAAAACUCUGCGAUCCCUGGCAGCCGCCGAGGAUGCGGCGCAAGCACAGAAAUUUGCGGAGCUCUCGCACCUCAACAAGCCCAAGGGCAACAACAGCAACAAUAACAACAAUAAAACUGCCAGCCAGAAGAGUGGAAGUGGCACCUCCGAGGAUGAGGGCACUACCACGAUCGCGAAAUCAGCGAAGAAGGCCAAGAGUAACAAACAAAUGACCAGCGGAAAAGUCAGCGAAAGAAAGACGGAACAAAAGAAUCAGGAGCAGGAGAAGAUUGUCGCGGAGGAGGAGGUGGUGGUGAUGGUGAAGAAAGUCCAGGAGGAGGACUCGGAUCCGGAGUCGGAUCAUGCCGAUAGCUUGCUGGCCAACAAGAGUAGCAUUGCUGCUGUUAUGGUAAGCAGUGCUAGUGCCCAGGGAUUAAGUUUGCAUGUGGAGACUAGUGCACCGGAUGCGGAGAAUGAGGAUGAGGAGGAAGAGGAGCAGGAGCAGGAUCAUGAGCAGGAUCCUGAGGAAGAGCCUCCCAAGAUGGCCAGAAAGAAGCAACAACCUGGGGGAGCAGUAGCAACCGUAACAAUCGACAAGGAAAAGGAGAAGGCCAAGGAAAAGGAAAAGGAGCUGAAGCUAAAAGAAAAGGAAAGGGAAGCCGUCUUGCUGAAAGAAAAAGAAAAAGAGGAGAGGCUCAAGCUUAAGGAAAGAGAAGAGAAGAUUAAGGAAAAGGAAAGAGAAGAUAAAAUAAAAUUAGAAAAGAUAAAGGAGAAGGAAAGAGAAGAAAAGAUCAAGGAAAAGGAAAGGGAAGAAAGGAUCAAAGAGAAGGAAAGGGAAGAAAAGUUAAAGGAAGAAAAGCUCAAGGAGAAACAGAGAGAAGAAAAGCUUAAGGAGGAAAAAAUUAAGAAGGAAAGAGAAGAAAAGAUCAAGGAAAAGGAGCGAGAAGAAAAGAUCAAAGAAAAGGAGCGAGAAGAAAAGCUUAAAGAAGAAAGGAUCAAGAAGAAGGAAAGAGAAGAAAAGCUCAAGGAGAAACAACGAGAAGAAAAAAUUAAAGAGAAGGAAAAAGAGGAAAAUCUUCGGAAGGAGAGAGAAGAAAGAAUCAAGGAAAAGGAGCGAGAAGAGAAACUCAAGGAGAAGGAACGAGCUGAAAGGAUCAAGGAGAAGGAAAAAGAAGAAAAACUCAAAGAGAAGGAAAGAGAAGAAAAGCUUCAGAAAGAAAGGAUCAAGGAGAAGGAGCGGGAAGAAAGGGAGGAGCAGCUCAAGAAAAAGGAACGGGAGGAGAAGCUAAAGGAAAAGGAGAGAGAAGAAAAGUUCAAGGAGAAAGAAAGGCAAGAUAAGCUUAAGGAAAAGGAACGUGAAGAGAAGCUUAAGGCGAAGGAAAUGGAAGAAAUGCUCCAAGAAAAGGAAAGGGAAGAAAAACUCAAGGAAAAAGAGAAAGCUGAAAAGCUCAAGAAUUUUGAAAGAGAGGCGAAGCUGAAGGAGAAAGAGGAACAGCUAAAAGAGAAAGAAAAAGACGCCAAACUCAAGGAGAAAAAGGAGAAAGAAAAGGUCAAGGAGAAGGAAAAGUCCCUUGAAACCGAAAAACCCCUCAUCCCAGCCAAUGUCACCAGUCCCUGGAGGCGAGUCAUCGAGGAGACUCCACCAAAACUGCCCGCGGCUCUGGAUUAUCCCAGCCUGGGAAAGAAGCCCACGAAAUCGAGUCCCGAGAAGAAGCGGGAUGAGAAACUGCUCCCCGGACUGAGCACACCCCCGAAAGAGGUCAAGGACACAUUUGAGGACUUUCUAUGCGGCUUAAAGCCACUGGAGGCCCUGCCACCGCUUCCAGCCCUCGAACCCCUGGAGGUUAAGGAGGACUCGAAGAAGGAAGCGGUCAGUCUAAUUAAUUUCGAAAGUCCGCUACAGGAGAAUGCAGCGAUCCCGCGCAAGAUUUCACCACCACCCCGAGGAUUCACCGAACAAAAUCUGAUUCUCGCGCUGUGCGGUUCACUGCACUACGAGAACGAACAGAACGAACGGAUCAGGGAAUCUGAUCCGGAGGCGCAGCCCGAGGUGGAAACCACACCAGAACCGGCAUACAUUGCCCUGGAUACGCUCGCCUUGCAGAAAUCCACCUCCACAUCGAAUAACUCUUCCGGAUCCGAGGAGAUUGUCAUUAUGGAGGAACCCGUGAAGAAACUGAGCAAGAAGCACAAGCGACUGAAGCAGCUUCAACUUCAGCAGGAGCAACGAGAUCGGGAGCCAGACGAUGAGGAGCUGCGUCCCCUGAUCAGCAUCAGCAUGUGCGAUUCCCAGCUGGAAGUGCAGGAAUCAGCUGCCAAGUCAAUUCCUGAUGACGACGUGGAUGUUGAGGAGCUGGACCCAGAGCAACAAUCACUGCCCGAAGAUCUGCUGCACUUUGGCAGCAGUGGCGUGGCCACUAUCGCCACCACCACGGACAGCGAUGGACCUGUGCCGGCCACCACAUCCGAUGACAAUCUGGUCUACGGCUCCUCCAACACCACCAAUGCCGCACCGCACAAGCUCAAGACCAAGAAGCUGGAGCACAAGAUCAAUCUGAUAGCAGCCAUCGAGGCGGCCACCUCCUCGUCCACAUCGUCGGCGGAGGAGAGUAGUGUGGAGACGACGGUCCAUCCGGAUCCCACGGGUCUGGGACUGGGCAUUGGCCUGCAAGCCCAUUCGCCUGGUGGAUCGGGUGGCGGUGCUGCUGGCGGCCACUUGGUCACCGGUGCUGGCACCUCUGCGUCUCUGCCCGCCGCCGGGGGCGUUACCUCUGUGGGAUUGGGCGUGGGCAUGGCCAGCCCGCCGAGUGCCACAAAGAAGAAGACGAAACGACGCAAGAGAUAAGAAUUAGCGAUUUGUUUGCUGUGCGUCUUUAGCCUGGUGGUGCUGUGGCAUCUGUAUGCCAAUCGACAGGACGGAGCACCCACUGCCCAUGCGCUCCAACAGGAACCGCCGGAUCAUCAUCCACCACCAUCGGAAGAGCCAGGGCAAUCCGGUCGGCCAGCCCAGCCCGAUCCCAUUUUGAAGCAGGUGGAAGGUGAGCAGCCGGUGGGCAGAACCAGAGCCAAGUAGGGGAACACAACAUAUGACACCCGGGACAGCAGCAAACGAGAGGAGACGCCUCCUCAACCAGCAAUUUCAAAAAGCUAUAUACAAAAAUGGACAACUAACCACGACAGAUGACUCUAGAUUCUUUAUUUUUAGCUGUGUGCAAGAAAAGUAUAUCAUUUCAGUAACCACAACAAAACAAAAACCAACAAAAAAAACAAAACAAAACACAAAACUCUGCAAAAAAAAAUUGUGAUUUAUCGAAAAGAAAAACAAAAAGUUAGGUA